AUGGAUCUCGAGAAGCAGGCCCAGGAGAUGGCGGAGAAGGCCCUGGCCUCGCUGCCGGCCGCCGCCCGCGCUGCCAAGCUGGACUCGGUGAAGGCGGGCAUCUUGAAGAGGCUGCAAGCAGGCAACGGGGCGCGUGCCCCAGCACCGGUGCUGGCACCUCCGCCGCCCCCAGAGACUCCACGGAUCCCAGAGCCAGAGAAGCCAGCGGAGCCCUCGUGCGUGGAGGGGGUGGAACUCUUCGGGGACGUGCCGUGGUUCACAGACAUGGAGCUGCGCGGCCGGUUGCUGGAGGAGGUGAAGAAGGCCCAUGCUGCAGAGAAGAUCCUGGUGGCUCCGCCAGCGGAGGAGAUUCUGCGGAUCCUCGCCAAGAAGGGGGGCCAAAUGCUGGGUGCCGGGGCGGUGCUGCGCUUGGGAGGAGUGCAUCAUGGUGGCUAUGGAGAGUCGGACAUCAACUACGCGUAUCGGCAACUCUCACGAGCCCUCCAUCCAGACAAGAACCCCGGCAUCGAGGAGGCUCAGGAUGCCUUCAAGCGCCUCGGAGAGGCGGCAGAGGAGCUCCGUGGCAUUCUCCAGGACUCCCGGAAAGCACUGCAGAGCCUGUGCCAAACAACACUCGGGGGCGCCGCCCCAGCUGAGAGCCUGGAGCGGCCGCAAAGUGCGCUGAUGGCCGAAGCGAGCCGGCUGCUGGCAGCAGUGCUUGCUCUGUCAGGCGAGGGCAUGCCUUCGGAGGCGGCGCUGCGUCGCAGCCCGGCAGCCUUCGUCGCGCGGCCCGGCUUCCAGGGCUGCCGCCCUCAGGACGUGCAGCUUGAUCAAAUGCCGUUGCCGUUGCCUGCCUGCUGUCAGGAUUUGCUGAGCAGAUGGUACCAGGAGUCGCAUCUUCUGGAUCUUUUUGCUAAAGCGCCGCUGCGAAUAGCCUACGACUGCUCGCAGAAGCCUUUUCGUGCGCAGUUCCUGUGCGCCUUGAGCCGGGCUGCUGAGGCCGAGGCAAACCGCAAUGAUAGCUGUGUACGAGGAAGCUGGCACCAGGUGAUGGCGCAAUUCCCAGAGCUCGCCCUUUGGAAAGAGCUCCAGGAGAAGAUCCGGUCACGCAUCUGGGCAUCAGGUGCCGCAGCGGCCGGCAAGCGAAGCCGGAACAGCAAAUGGGAUGACAAGUCGGCGGCUUCUUGUGCCACGGAAUGGGGGAAGAAGUGGCGCACCAUCCUGCAGGAUGUGCUACCCAACGCAGAUGCAGCACGCUGCGCCAACGACGACCCAGAGAUUCAGAAGUUGUGUAUGGUGCUGUGGAAGGACAUUGCGUCGUGGGUGGGCGAGAGCUUUCUGCAGCACCUACGUCUAUUCCAGGCCAGUGAUGCAGGAGCCGCUGGCAUUGGUGAUGAUACGAGGUGGGCCUUCGUGCCUGCGGUGGACCUCUUGCUGCUGGUCGGUGAGGGCCUGGUCGGCUGCACCGCUGAAGGCUGCUUUGUCCAGUCAGACUCGGGCUCCAGGCAGUCGUUUCUGGAUGCCUUGAAGAACUGGCGCUCGAGCCUUCGGAGGAGCCGUGAGCAAUCCGGACAAGCUAGCACAGUCGACUCUGCCGUCAGACUUUGGAAGUCCAGUGCCAAAAGGAACAAACAGGAGUUCCAAAAGGAGUCGGAAACGACAUCCAAGAAGGCACGGAUCGAAGAAGAAGCAAACCAAGAAGGCCAGGCGAAGUUGAACCGCUCACCUACCAAAGUGCUACUUUUGACGAAUGUGGCACCUGCGACAAAGUCAGAGGAAGCCAUCAAGGCCGAUGUGGAUGACUCGGUGAAGAAGUUUGCUGCAAAGGAAUGCCGAGUUUUGAAGGUCCCCGGCGUUCCGGAAGAGGAUGCGAUUCGUGUGUUUGUGGUCUUCGACACCAUACAGGCCUCAUCGAAGGCCUACGCAGCCUUGAGGGGUCAGGUGAAGGAUGGCCGACCGCUACGGGCUCGUUUCUAUGACGAGAAGCGUUUCAACGACGGCGAGCUCUACAAGGCGAUACCCUCACGCACCCUGGUGCUGACGAACUUGGUCCGACCUGAAGAGGUGGACGGGGGUCUCCAGGACGUGGCAUGGCUCCAAAGCUUUAAGCUCGCUUGA